AUGGCGCUGUGGACUGGGCUGGGUCAGGCGGCGACCGUGGCACAACUGGUUGGCGCAGACAUUGGCGGGCUAAUCUCUAUGUUCAUGCAGGCUGCACUGACAGCUCGGCAGAACAAGAAGGAGUGCGAGCAGCUCGCCCGUCGGGUCUUGUUGAUCGCCCAGCUGCUGCCGCAAGUGCAGGACCGGGAGGCGGCACAGCAGCUGGCUGGGCUAGAAGACACGCUUCGGGACGCCCACGAGCUCGUCGUGUCCUGCCCGGGGAGGAGCACGGCGUAUCAAGUAUUCAUGGCCGGGAGGCAGGCCGAAAGGUUCAAGGAGGUGCAGAGCAACAUCGACUUCUACCUCAUGCUCUUCCCCGUGAUCAGCCACAUCGACGUAACAUGCCGCCUCGGCCAAAUCUACGAGGUCCUUGUACCAGAUGACUCCACAACAGGUGAACUAGCUCCACUUCCACAGUCGUCCCAUCUGCAGGAGUUUACGGAGGUUGCUAAAGAGGUACUCCCGCAUGGAACCCAGGAAUUCACGUUCCCAGAGCUGGAGGCUGCCACCAAUAACUUCCACCGUGACAACCUGAUCAGACAAAGGCGGCCCUGCAAUUGUCUAUUGGGGUGGAAAAAAGUGCGGGAAGAGCCGGAAAUCGAGGAGAGGAUGAUCGUCUCCGAGUACAUGGAGAACGGCAAGCUCUAUGACCACCUGCACUCUGAUCAGUACUCGGGUCAGUACUCCUCCUCACUGUCGUCGGUGACGGUGUCUUGGAAGAUCCACAUCGAUGUGCUCCUCGGCGCGUCGCGCGCCAUCGAGUACCCGCACUGCCAUGCCGAACCGCGGAUCAUCCACCGGGACGGUAGGUUAUAUAACAUCCUUCUCGACGCCAAUUGGGUGCCGCAUUUGUCGGACUUUGGCGCGUCGGUUGCGUUACAGGUGGGUGAUGCUCGAGGUUCUAACAGGGAAAAGGGCAUUUUGGAGAGAGGAGGGGCAAGGGUCGACAGAUUUGGCAAGCUUCGCUCUCCCAAUAAUUGA